AAGCAGACGAAGGAAGGACUGAAACGGAGGAAAAAGGAGAGCGGUCAGCAGAAAGAAGAAGUGGAAGAAAACUUUCUGAUGUUGAGGAUUAGCUCCACUCACUGAUGAGAACAAGGAUAAUAUCUCCACCAGUACUUCCACAGCUUCAUUAUGGCUGACAAAAAACUCCCUGGUGUACCUUCUCCCUCCUUGCCUUCACCCUCUCAUCAGAAUGGGAGAAUCGGGGGGACAGGAUCCAAAAGCUCUCCACAGCCCCACCAUAAUGGCAGCCUGGAGGCUAGACCAGGAUACCACAGUCCUAGCAACAGCCGGGUAGCUGCACAGCAUCAGUCUACACCCAGCAGCAGAACCUCAGCUUCUAGCUCACCCCUCAGAACCCUAGUAGGUCUUAUGACUCCUGUGUCCAGUUCUGGUCCUGAAAGCAGCUCAACUAGACCACGGGGUCAGAGCCUUGCCUCUGCUUUGAGUUCCAGAGCCAGAACCGCAACAUCCAGGAGCAAGCGUAGGAGCAGCCAACAGGAGGAGCCUGAGGCCUUGUUGGACCUGAUUUUGGAGUGCCAAGGUCAGAGACUCGAUGACCAGAGAGCAAGUGUUAGCUUACUACCUGAUCCUGGAGCAGCUGGUCUAUGUGGAGCUUGCAGCCCUGACCAGCCAACCCUCCCCAGUCUGGACUUCUACUACAUGCUCAUACAUUACCAGUCCGACAGGAUGGAGGACCAGAGGUGCUCCCUUCCUGAUCUUGAAGAUGUGGUUGGUACACUUCCUGAGGGCCAGGAUGAUUUCUUCAGUUUAAUACAGAGAGUUCAGUCCAGGAGAAUGGACGAGCAGAGAGCCUCACUGUUGGUGACGCACGCUGAGGACGACACGCACAUCAACCCUGCUAGCUCUUCUCCCCGUAACCAUCAUCAGCAUCAUCAUCAUCGCCAGGACCCUCAAUGAUGAAGAUCAGAGUCUUAAAGUGUUCUUUAGAGACCCACACAGACAAAUGUUGACUGAUACCAGGUCGGGCACCAUUCCCAAGUUUCAGACAUUGGAAAAGUGUUUGGAUCUUGUUUUUGGAUGGACAUUUUGAAUGUUUAAAUCUGUUAUUAUGAACUCAUACACCAGAGACUGGCCUCAGUCAAUGUGGAAACCAUUAUUACACUUCUAAGUUCAAACUGCAAAAAAUAAUAUGGAA